ACAGUCAUUCAGCGAUGCGAGUGAAGAAGCUAAUACGCUCAACAUCAGCAGGAAACAGUGAGAUUUAAAGACACAUAUAAACCUGUAAUAAACGCAGAAAAUAUAUAGGUAGCUGCACAACACUGCCGAGCUGUUCGUGACGGGGUAAAACAUGGUAUAAAAGUCCAGCUCUUCUGUCCAAACCAUAAAGACUCUGCAGCUCUGUCAGCAUGUCAGGUAGCUACACUCCGUCCCCUGGGGGCCCUUUCUCGGCCCUCACACCCAGUAUGUGGCCCCAGGACAUCCUGGCAAAGUACUACCAGAAAGACCAGAAUAUGGAAUCAGAACCUCAGUAUGAUGAAUUUGGCUUUAGGAUUGACAGUGAAGAUGGCGUAGAAUCACGUGAGUGGCUGCGGGGGGAUGGAGCUCCACAGAGAGAAGACCCACAGCAGAGGCUGCGCUGGCAGGCCCACCUGGAGUUCACCCACAACCACACAGUGGGCGACCUCACCUGGGACAAAAUCUCUCCGAGCCUGCCGCGCUCCGAACGACUCCGAUCACUCAUAUUGGCCGGAAUUCCACACAGCAUGAGACCACAGUUAUGGAUGCGUCUAUCAGGGGCCCUGCAGAAGAAGAGGACUUCAGAGAUUUCUUACAGAGAAAUCAUUAAAAACAGCUCAAAUGAUGAGACCACUGCAGCCAAGCAGAUAGAGAAGGAUCUUUUGCGGACGAUGCCCACUAAUGCGUGUUUCAGCACUCUGAUGAGUGUCGGCGUGCCCAGGCUCAGGCGGGUACUCAGGGGGUUGGCGUGGCUCUACCCAGACAUCGGCUAUUGCCAGGGUACUGGCAUGGUGGUGUCAUGCUUGCUGCUGUUUCUGGAGGAGGAGGAUGCUCUGUGGAUGAUGUGUGCGUUGAUCGAGGACCUGCUGCCUCCAUCUUAUUUCUCCUCCACACUGCUGGGGGUGCAGACGGACCAGCGCGUUCUCCGACAGCUUAUAGUGCAGUACCUGCCCUGCCUGGAUCGACUGCUGCAGGAGCAUGACAUUGAGCUGUCCUUGAUCACUCUGCACUGGUUCCUCACCUCCUUUGCCAGCGUGGUGGACAUCCGCAUCCUGCUGAGAAUAUGGGACCUGCUCUUCUACGAAGGAUCCAUCGUGCUUUUCCAGGUCACACUGGGCAUGCUCAAAAUCAAGGAGGAGGAGCUUGUGUCAUCAGAGAAUUCGGCAUCCAUCUUUAACACGCUGUCUGACCUGCCCAGUCAGCUGGAGGAUGGGGCGGCGGUGCUCGGGGAGGCCGUGAGGCUGGCUGGCUCACUUUCUCAGGAAACGCUGGACGCUCACAGACACAAACACCUGGCCUACAUCCUGGCCGAACAGGCCCAGCUCAACUCCAACAACUCCCAUUCGCUUAACACCAACCUCAACAAGGUGGUCCGCAGACAGAGCCUGCGCAGGAAGUCCACGCUGAGCUCGCUGCUGUUCGGGGAAGAUGAGGCUGAAGCACUGAAGGCCAAAAACAUCAAACAAACGGAGCUGGUAGCCGCCCUGAGAGAGGCUAUCGCCCGCACUGCGGAACAUUUCCACUGCCUGGACCCCCGACAUUGCACCAUGGACUUGACUCCAGACUACUCUAUGGAGUCCCAUCAGAGGGACCACGAGAACUUCCUGGUCGUGUCUCGGAAUCGGAGGAGGCGGGCCAAGGCCCUGCUGGAUUUUGAGCGACAUGAUGACGAUGAACUGGGCUUUCGGAAAAAUGACAUCAUCACGAUCAUCUCGCAGAAGGAUGAGCACUGUUGGGUGGGGGAGCUGAACGGUCUGAGGGGUUGGUUUCCUGCCAAAUUUGUCGAAAUCUUGGAUGAACGAAGUAAAGAGUAUUCCCUGGCAGGAGACGACUCUGUGACGGAGGCGAUAACAGAUUUGGUCCGGGGUACAUUGUGUCCAGCGCUGAAGGCCAUUUUUCAGCAUGGCCUAAAGAAGCCUUCAAUACUGGGAGGACCCUGCCACCCCUGGCUCUUCAUUGAGGAGGCAGCCAGCAGGGAGGUUGAAAGAGACUUUAACUCAGUCUAUUCUAGACUGGUGCUCUGCAAGACCUAUAGGUUAGAUGAAGAUGGAAAGGUGCUCACUCCCGAGGAGCUUCUGUACAGAGCUGUACAGUCUGUCAAUAUGAGCCAUGACUCCGCUCAUGCUCAGAUGGAUGUCAAGUUCCGCUCGCUCAUCUGUGUGGGACUGAAUGAGCAGGUCCUGCACCUGUGGCUGGAGGUUCUGUGCUCCAGUAUAAACGCAGUAGAGAAAUGGUACCAGCCCUGGUCUUUCCUGCGCAGUCCCGGCUGGGUGCAGAUCAAGUGUGAACUCAGAGUUCUCUCCAAAUUUGCCUUCAGUCUCUCACAAGACUGCGAAUUGCCUGCCAAAAAAGAGAAGUCACCCAUUCUGAAAUCAGAAGUGGUGGAUGUCUUGGUGCAACAUCACCUCUUUAGUUGGGACCUCUAGGAAAAGGAGCAAAAGCCCCUGAAGGAAGGCGUUCAGGACAUGCUGGUGAAGCACCAUCUCUUCAGCUGGGACAUCGAUGGUUAGACUGCAGUUCAAACCCACAGCGUGUGAGAUUGACACCCUCACCCUCACCCUCAUUGUAACCAAGGGCAAAAAAAUAAUACUUUACAAAAUCCUGUUGCAGUGGUGAGUGUUGGAGUGUACAGAUACCAGUAUGUCUCACCAGUGGCCAGUUUUGUGCACUCAGUCGCUACGACAGUGAAACACUUAGUCGGCACUAAUAGUCGGCACUACGGCUGUAUUAGAAACUCCAGGUAUAAGCAGAUUUUCUCUCUGAGAAAAGUGAAUGUUGUCUUCAAAAAUUGCCUCCAUCGCACCCUGUGGAAAACUAAACGAACAUACCUCCAUUAAAAACACUAGUUUUCAUUUAUGGACACUGUGGGUGACGACAAGUCUGUUAAUGAACACUAUUAUACACUAAACUGUUGCCUCCUGCCGAAGCAACAAACUACCACAUUUGUCAAGGCCUGCUGGUCAGUGUGGGGUAUUUUAGUUUUCUGGUGAGGCGUUCAGUCUAACCGUGUCAGUUCAGUGUGCAGCAGUGUUCGCCUGCAUGUUGCAAUGUUCAAACGAUCUCAUAAUUCAGGGGAUCUGGUGACAAUUGGAGGAAACGUACUCACAACAAAACCUGUCAGCUUUGAAACACUUGCGUGUACAACAGGGUGUGAUGGCAGUGAUUUCCAAAAACUCCCCUCAACCAGCUCAGACCUGAUGCUUCUAAUAUAGCCACCUACAGAAUGACACGAUUUUAGAGGUGUGUGCCUCAAAAUGCAUAAAAUCUCCAUAUUCCUUCACCAGGUUUUGUCUGAAUUUGAAGUUCCUCGCUGAGGACAGGCCGGGUUUGUCCUAGAUGGCACUAUUAAGGGCAUGCACAGAGCAAUGAAUGAAUUUAUACAGUUUCUUAAUACACUUCUGUGGAUAUUCACGUCCCACACGCUCACCUCGUUCAGCUUAGACAGUAGUCCUACCAGUGUUUGUGUAGGAUUAGCCCAGUGGCUAGCGCUUGCCUUGGUUUUUGCACAGCACCACUUCAGGGUGUCAAAAUUUGCACCACAGCUCUGUAUAUAAUGUAUAUUCAUUUCGGAAGUGACAUUUGUUUGUGUUUGGUCAUAUUUCACGGUUGUCUUUUCAAGAAACCAUUUCAAAAGGUCCCGUUUUGGACUGUAUUGAUGACUGACGACUUUACCACAGUUGGCAUUAAAGGGGAAUUCCACUCAUUUUUCAAAAUUUGUGCCUAAUUCACUUGAACGGUCGUUCUUCAUUCAAGUUUAUUUUGGAGACUACUUGCGUACCCCGAUCAGGCAUAACGUUUACGACCACCUCCUUCUUCCUGUGCUCAUUGUCCAGUUAAUCAGCUCCACUUACUGUAUAGCUGCACUUCUACAGUUACAGACUGUAGUCCAUCACACACUCACACACUGCCACCACAUCAGUGUUACUGCAGUACUGAGAAUG